UAGAUAGAAAUAUAGCAGAGAAUCAUAAAUCUGCACAAGAACAUUUUUCCUUUAUAUACAUAACCCAUAAUAAUAAUAAUAAUUAUUAUUAUUCAUUCAUUGGGUAGUGCAUCUGAAUUUUAGUUUGAGAAGUCAAGGAAGUGAUCAUAUGGGAACUCAAGCACCUCAAUUUGAAGCUGAUUCUAAGCCUUAUAAAGAUCCUAACUCUUUGAUGGAUGAAGAGAAAAAAAGGAAACAAAAGGAAAUAGACGAUUGGCUACCAAUCACAUCCUCAAGGAACGCAAAAUGGUGGUACUCGGCUUUUCACAACGUGACAGCCAUGGUGGGCGCUGGUGUCCUAAGUCUCCCCUCGGCCAUGGCUUCAUUAGGGUGGGGUCCUGGCGUGACUGUGCUAGUGAUCUCAUGGGUCGUGACUCUGUACACGCUUUGGCAAAUGGUUGAGAUGCACGAGAUGGUUCCAGGGAAGCGGUUCGAUAGGUAUCAUGAAUUGGGCCAACAUGCUUUUGGUGAGAAGCUUGGGCUUUAUAUUGUGGUGCCCCAACAACUUGUGGUUGAGGUUGGGGUUAAUAUUGUGUAUAUGGUUACGGGUGGUCAAUCAUUGAAGAAAUUUUAUGACACUGUUUGCCCUUCUUGCACUAAGAUCAAACAGACAUAUUUCAUUAUGAUCUUUGCUUCUGUUCAUUUUGUGCUAUCACAUCUUCCCAAUUUCAACUCCAUUUCUGGUGUCUCUCUUGCCGCUGCUGUCAUGUCCUUGAGUUACUCAACAAUAGCAUGGGCAGCAUCGGUGCACAAGGGAAUACAAGAAGACGUACAAUAUGGUUACAAAGCUCAUUCCACAUCGGGCACCGUUUUCAAUUUCUUCACAGCCUUAGGGGACGUAGCUUUCGCAUAUGCAGGCCAUAAUGUGGUGCUUGAAAUUCAAGCCACAAUCCCUUCUACUCCGGAAAAGCCCUCUAAAGGCCCCAUGUGGAGAGGUGUCAUUGUUGCCUACAUCGUUGUUGCCCUUUGCUACUUUCCCGUUGCCAUCAUCGGCUAUUGGAUGUUUGGUAACUCCGUCAAAGACAAUAUUCUUCUCUCCCUCGAGAAGCCUGCAUGGCUCAUUGCAAUGGCUAACAUGUUCGUCGUCAUUCACGUCAUUGGCAGUUACCAGAUCUAUGCAAUGCCUGUAUUUGACAUGAUUGAGACAGUACUUGUCAAGAAAUUGCAUUUCAAGCCUUCUUUUCUACUUCGCUUCGUGUCCCGCAAUAUAUACGUCGGAUUGACAAUGUUUAUUGGCAUUACCUUCCCCUUCUUCGGUGGAUUGUUAGGGUUCUUUGGUGGUUUCGUCUUUGCUCCAACAACAUACUUUCUGCCUUGCGUGAUGUGGCUGGCCAUUUACAAACCAAAGAAGUUUACCUUAUCUUGGUGGAGUAAUUGGGUAGCAAUAGUCCUAGGGGUUCUUUUGAUGGUCUUGGCACCCAUUGGUGGGUUGAGAACAAUCAUAUUGCAAGCCAAAGAUUACAAGUUUUACUCUUGAACAAUUCCCAAAAUUAAACCACAAGAUCGGGUGUGUGUUAUGUGUUCUUGUCAAUAAUAAUUAUAUGCUAAAUUUGUUCUUUUAAAACCUAUAUUAGUAUGUGCCAUUGUCCAAACUCACCUUAAUUAAUGCAUAUGUAUCUCUUUAAUUAAUUUGGGAAUGGAUGCAAAUUUGGUUUUUCUCA